GCCACCUCUACCUCUCCCCCUUUUCUCAGCCUCAGUCUGGCUCUUCUCAUGCUUCUGUGCCUCUGCACGUGUGCCCACAGCCUGGAAUUCCAUUCCCCCAGCCCCCUCUCCUCUGCCUAACUCACCUCUUCCUAAAGUCUGGCCAAGCAACCCUUCUGGAAAGCCCUUCUUGAUCACCUUCCUCCUCGCUGCCCGUCUGCCACUCAUAGCAUCUGCCAUGCCAUCCUGGACCUCCAGGCUCCUGAUGUGAUGCCUAGCCUUUACGUCCUCAGCACACAGUGCCUGCCUCAUAGUAGAUGCUAGACACAUGGUAGUUUCCUUUGAAUGUGCUAAAUAUGCUGGGAAAGAGAUUGAUGGAGAGAGGAAAGUAAGAGUGCUGGUGAGGACCCAGCAGGUUCAUCAGGGAAAAAGUGGGUAAACAUUACGGAUCCUCUAAGUUAUGUAGCAAACCUCGGUGCCCUAAAGCAACAAAGGCUGAUUUCUCACCAAAGCCAAUGUCCCUUGUGGACCAGCAGGGGAACUCUGCUCAAGGACCCAGACUAACAGAAUCACACUGCCAGAAAGCAGAGCUCUGGGAGGGUCUUGCAUCAGGAAAUAAAUGCUUUGGUGGGGAACUCACAUGCUCCCCCUAUCACAAAGUAACUAGGAUGUGCAGUUCUCCCAUAUGCCAGGCAGGCAGAAACCUGGGAAGACUAGGCUGGGUGCAGUGGCUCACGCCUGUAAUCCCAGCACUUUGGGAGACUGAGGCAGGUGGAUCAGGAGGUUGAGAGAUCGAGACCAACCUGCUCAAUCCACCUCACCAACCACACAGUGAAACCCCAUCUCUACUAAAAAUACAAAAAAUUAGCCAGUGGCUCACACCUGUAAUCCCAGCACUUUGGGAGGCCGAGGCAGGUGGAUCAGGAGGUUGGGAGAUCGAGACCAACCUGUUCAAUCCACCUCACCAACCAUACAGUGAAACCCCAUCUCUACUAAAAAUACAAAAUGUUAGCCGGGCAUGGUGGUGCAUGCCUGUAGUCCCAGAUACUUGGGAGGCUGAGGCAGAAGAAUCACUUAAACCCAGGAGGCAGAGGUUGCAGUGAGCCGAGAUCAUGCCACUGCACUCCAGCCUGGGUGACAGAGCGAGACUCCAUCUCAAAAAAAAAAAAAAAAAAAAGCAAGCUGGGAAGACUGGGUGGAACAUGAGGAUCUCAGGCACUCAGGCACAUUCCUCCUGGUCCUGAUGUGAGAAGCUGCAGCAACUCCUCCAGCUGGAGGUGUCAUGGGGAGUUCUCUUUAUCUGAGCACCAGGCAUUUCUCAGCUCUGCUCCUGUUCUAGUGUCACUGUGGGAGGGGUGGGGCUGGCGGAGGAAACCACCAGGUGUGGCCAUGGGAAAGUCCCUCCAACAUUCUAUAGAAACAUGGAAUUUCCUGGUUUUAACCAUUUCACAUCCAACUGCCAUCUCAGAGCUGACCAGAGCAGCACAGACCCCUCCAGCCUCCUAGGACAUUUGAUGCGGGGCAUCGAGUCCUGGCUGGGAAGUUGGCACCUGGGUGCCAGCCCCAGCAGUCUCUGAAGAGCAUGGGUAAAUUACUGAAGUGUGUGGGCCUCCAUGCUUUCAAUGCCUUUCUGUAAAACGCUUUCCAAGUUCCCAAACAAUUCCAAAUAUGUCCAUGUCAUCCAAUCAACCCACAGAGUAGCUGUUACUCUGCGGGUGAGUGAGCUGGCUGGGAGGGGCUGCGUGCUGUGUGCUCAGGUCACACUGGAAGUCACCAGCUGGGUCCCCGCACUUGCUCUCAGACCUCUGCAGGCCUCCUGGGAAGGUGACUCAGAUCCAACUUCUAGGACUGGAUCGGCAUAGCUCCCACACUUCCUUGGGGCUCCUGGGUGUGGGAGCGUGGACUUCCCAGGCAGCUUUCCACUUAGUUAACUUGCCCAACCUGCUCUGUUGACUCUGGGAAGAGCCCUGAACUUCCCUGCUCCAGUGAACUGUGGAAGAUGCCAAAAUAGCACCCAGCUGCCCAUCACGAUUACCAGAAGGGCCCCAGUUCCUGGCUUCUCUGUGGCUCAGACUCUGGUCCUAUUGCCUACCCUUGGGAACUCAGAGCAUCCUCUUUCUCUUUUCUGCUGAGCUGGUGGCUGCACCGAGUUGCCUCUGUCUCUUUAAGAGAGAAAGAGAGAGCGAGAGAUGGAAAUCAGGAAGUGUGAGAGAGCUGAGAGCCAGGACUCAGUGCUGAGCUUGGUGUCCCACCGCCGCAAGAAGGCAGGGAAGAAACCCACUAGUCCCAGCUCCUGGGGUGGCACAGACAUUGCAACUGGCCCUGCCUGUGGGUCCUAGGGGCCCUUGGCCACCAGGAGGCUAAGAACACUGCUCAUGAAUGACAGCGAGCCCUGAAAGCUCUGGGGGUGCCACCCAGUCCCACAAGCCUGCAUCCCCUGCAGUGGAGAUGGGCUCAGCUCCUGGACGUGCCACAGACAGAAAGCAUAACAUACGCUCGCCAGGAAGAGCCUUUGCCUGACUCAGGGCAGCUCAGAGUGUGGGGCAGAAGGUGACCAGCCAGCUCAGGGCAGGAGAUGCAGAGCACAGCCAAUUACCUGUGGCACACAGACGACCUGCUGGGGCAGGGGGCCACUGCCAGUGUGUACAAGGCCCGCAACAAGAAAUCCGGAGAGCUGGUUGCUGUGAAGGUCUUCAACACCACCAGCUACCUGCGGCCCCGCGAGGUGCAGGUGAGGGAGUUUGAGGUCCUGCGGAAGCUGAACCACCAGAACAUCGUCAAGCUCUUUGCGGUGGAGGAGACGGGGGGAAGCCGGCAGAAGGUACUGGUGAUGGAGUACUGCUCCAGUGGGAGCCUGCUGAGCGUGCUGGAGAGCCCUGAGAACGCCUUUGGGCUGCCUGAGGAUGAGUUCCUGGUGGUGCUGCGCUGUGUGGUGGCCGGCAUGAACCACCUGCGGGAGAACGGCAUCGUGCAUCGCGACAUCAAGCCCGGGAACAUCAUGCGCCUCGUGGGGGAGGAGGGGCAGAGCAUCUACAAGCUGACAGACUUCGGGGCCGCCCGGGAGCUGGAUGAUGAUGAGAAGUUCGUCUCGGUCUACGGGACUGAGGAGUACCUGCAUCCCGACAUGUAUGAGCGGGCGGUGCUUCGAAAGCCCCAGCAAAAAGCGUUCGGGGUGACUGUGGAUCUCUGGAGCAUUGGAGUGACCUUGUACCAUGCAGCCACUGGCAGCCUGCCCUUCAUCCCCUUCGGUGGACCCCGGCGGAACAAGGAGAUCAUGCACCGGAUCACCACGGAGAAGCCGGCUGGGGCCAUUGCAGGUGCCCAGAGGAGGGAGAACGGGCCCCUGGAGUGGAGCUACACCCUCCCCAUCACCUGCCAGCUGUCACUGGGGCUGCAGAGCCAGCUGGUGCCCAUCCUGGCCAACAUCCUGGAGGUGGAGCAGGCCAAGUGCUGGGGCUUCGACCAGUUCUUUGCGGAGACCAGUGACAUCCUGCAGCGAGUUGUCGUCCAUGUCUUCUCCCUGUCCCAGGCAGUCCUGCACCACAUCUAUAUCCAUGCCCACAACACGAUAGCCAUUUUCCAGGAGGCCGUGCACAAGCAGACCAGUGUGGCCCCCCGGCACCAGGAGUACCUCUUUGAGGGUCACCUCUGUGUCCUCGAGCCCAGCGUCUCAGCACAGCACAUCGCCCACACGACAGCAAGCAGCCCCCUGACCCUUUUCAGCACAGCCAUCCCCAAGGGGCUGGCCUUCAGGGACCCUGCUCUGGACAUCCCCAAGUUCGUCCCCAAAGUGGACCUGCAGGCGGAUUACAACACGGCCAAGGGUGUGUUGGGCGCCGGCUACCAGGCCCUGCGGCUGGCGCGGGCCCUGCUGGAUGGGCAGGAGCUAAUGUUGCGGGGGCUGCACUGGGUCAUGGAGGUGCUCCAGGCCACAUGCAGACGGACUCUGGAAGUGGCAAGGACAUCCCUCCUCUACCUCAGCAGCAGCCUGGGAACCGAGAGGUUCAGCAGCGUGGCUGGAACACCUGAGAUCCAGGAACUGAAGGCGGCCGCAGAACUGAGGUCCAGGCUGCGGACUCUAGCUGAGGUCCUCUCCAGAUGCUCCCAAAAUAUCACGGAGACCCAGGAGAGCCUGAGCAGCCUGAGCCGGGAGCUGGUGAAGAGCCGGGAUCAGGUACAUGAGGACAGAAGCAUCCAGCAGAUUCAGUGCUGCUUGGACAAGAUGAACUUCAUCUACAAACAGUUCAAGAAGUCUAGGAUGAGGCCAGGGCUUGGCUACAACGAGGAGCAGAUUCACAAGCUGGAUAAGGUGAAUUUCAGUCAUUUAGCCAAAAGACUCCUGCAGGUGUUCCAGGAGGAGUGCGUGCAGAAGUAUCAAGCGUCCUUAGUCACGCACGGCAAGAGGAUGAGGGUGGUGCACGAGACCAGGAACCACCUGCGCCUGGUCGGCUGUUCUGUGGCUGCCUGUAACACAGAAGCCCAGGGGGUCCAGGAGAGUCUCAGCAAGCUCCUGGAAGAGCUAUCUCACCAGCUCCUUCAGGACCGAGCAAAGGGGGCUCAGGCCUCGCCGCCUCCCAUAGCUCCUUACCCCAGCCCUACACGAAAGGACCUGCUUCUCCACAUGCAAGAGCUCUGCGAGGGGAUGAAGCUGCUGGCGUCUGACCUCCUGGACAACAACCGCAUCAUCGAACGGCUAAAUAGAGUCCCAGCACCUCCUGAUGUCUGAGCUCCAUGGGGCGCAUGAGACAUCCUGAAGCAUUAGAAUGAUUGCAACACUGCUCUUCUGCACCGUGAGACCAACCCAGGGCAAGAUCCCGUCCCAUCACAUCAGCCUACCUCCCUCCUGGCUGCUGGCCAGGAUGUCGCCAGCAUUACCUUCCACUGCCUUUCUCCCUGGGAAGCAGCACAGCUGAGACUGGGCACCAGGCCACCUCUGUUGGGACCCACAGGAAAGAGUGUGGCAGCAACUGCCUGGCUGAGCUUUCUAUCUUCUCCAGGCUCAGGUACUGCUCCUCCAUGUCCAUGGCUGGGCCGUGGGGAGAAGAGGCUCUCAUACGCCCUCCCACUCCCUCUGGUUUAUAGGACUUCACUCCUUAGCCAACAGGACAGAAGGCCUCCUGGGGUUUCCCCAGGGCAUUAGGUCAAACGACCUCAUCACAGUCUUCCUUCCUCUUCAAGCAUUUCAUGUUGAACACAGCUCUCUCCGCUCCCUUGUGAUUUCUGAGGGUCACCACUCCCAGCCCCAGGCAACAUAGAGAGCCUCCUGUUCUUUCUACACUUGGUCUGACUGAGCCUAAAGUUGAGAAAAUAGGUGGCCAAGGCCAAUGCCAGUGUCUUGGGGCCCCUUUGGCUUUCCCUCACUCUCUGAGGCUCCAGCUGGUCCUGGGACAUGCAGCCAGGCCUGUGAGUCUGGGCAGGUCCAAGGCCUGCACCUUCAAGAAGUGGAAUAAAUGUGGCCUUCGCUUCUGUU